UUCCGCACUGUCGGAAUCCAGAAAAUUAAGGGUCGCUUCCGGACACGGUAGACUCCUCCUCACCACUGUCUGAGAUGCACAUUAUGGAGUUCAAUGAAAAAAAAUACGAUUUUAACGGCCUGACAGUUAAUAACACAUAAUUUCUUAUUAAUUUAGUUGGAAAUUAUGACUAUUUUAAAUUCAAUUCAAAAAUGUAUUUGACGGUGAAGAAUAUUUAUGCCAUCAUGUGCAACGCUGCCCAAUGAAGACACUGUUCUGGUUCGAAUUGGUAGCCAGUAAACGCGAUAUUGUAGCUAUUUUACUGAAUUAGCAACAUUCCAUUGAUAUUUGGUUGCUCAUCGUCACUAGCUUAUACAUAACCAUUCCCAGGUAGGCCUACAGUAGGGGAGGCUGUGUUCAUUGCUCUCAGCUGACUAACAUUUUCACAACCCUACGCAGGAAAUUUGAGUUGGGAAUUCUUGCUAUUUUGCAUGACAUCAUCAUGCAAAUACAGCUUCCAGGUUGUAGGUGAAAUGCAGGCGAAGGUAUGCGCCAGGAGGACCUCUCUCAUCACUGAGAAUGGGCAGGCUUGUGGGGCAUCUGCGGACUCCCAGCUCCCAUUUAGGUGCCCUCGGUGUGGGGAGCGUGAGAGGUUCAAUAGCCUGGCCUCCUUGAGAGACCACCUGGAAUACAGCCACAGCUACUACCACACCAUGCACGAGCUGAGCCUCCCGACCCGCAGGGGGCACUCUCACCCAGAGAGAGUCCUGCAUGUGCGCUCCCUGAGUGACACACGAGAGGUCACUAGCUGCAUAGAGAGGUGUCGUACGCAUAGUGUGGGGACGCAGGCAGCGGAUGAGAUACAAACUGAAGAAGAGGCCCGUAAAGAUGAUUUAAAAUUCCACAAGUCCAGCCCUGGGACAGAUCAUAUCCCAUUUCCAUUUGACAACCCUCCAGACCCAGGCAGCAAGCCUGAGGCGGUGUCCCCAGAGUGGAGUGUCUGUGCUGGGGAGGUGUCGGUCAGGCGCAGGCUUGCCAAGGUCCUGCUGGCAGCGGACAGCACCAUGCAGAGGAGGCUGCACAGGGUCAGCACGGAGCUGGCCCAGACGGACACAGAGCUGCUGUGUGAGCGUGCCCACUCCCAGCACCUGGCCCAGGAGAGGCAGGAGGUUCAGGAGCGGGAGAGGGCGCUGAGCCACCAGGUGGACAUGGCCGUGAUGGUGAUCGCCACACUAAAGGAGCAGCUGAACGAGUCAGAGUACGAGCUGGAGAGGAGAGAACAAGAAGUCAUCACCAUUCAGAAUUUUCUGGAGGCUGCAGCCCAGCAUGAGAUAUGUGGUAAAGUUCGGAUCCAACGUUUCAUUGAGAACCUGCUCAAACGCAUCGCCCUGGCUGAGAGGCUACUGGAGUACUAUCAGAGCUCACCCAGUCCACCAACCUACACCGAUUACAUGCACCAGACAGCUGAAAAUGGACCUCAAAGAAUAACCAAAAGCAGGUCAGCAGGUUAUCAGCUGUCACAGUCCUGUCCCCAGGAGGGUAGAACACACCCCUCCCAGUUAGGACGGGCGUUCCCCAAAGGCCCUAGUGAGAGAGUGGGUAACUCUGGCUACUUCAGACCUGACCGCAGGGAUGAAGCCUGGACCCAGCGCCGCAGGUCAGCUGGAUUUGAGGACUAGGUAACCUGUCCAGGGCCCGACAAAUGAAUGUAUAUAUGAUAAGUAUUUACUGAAUGUAUAGAUAAUACUGAGCGGGGGAUGCUUUAUGGCCAUGUGUACGCUAGUUUUUGCUCCAUUCUGUUCUAGAGGUAGCUACUGUCCUAGUUUCAAUUUUGGAAGUACUGUAGUAACUUGAUGGAUAGGUAUUUCUGAUCCUCAUUGGUGUUUUAAAUAGUAUUAAAUCAUAUUAUUGAUAGGUGUAGAUCUAAUAAAAUACAGAAUUGUAUACAAAAAAAACUAGAUGGUGGAAUUGUUAAAUGCCCACUCCAGUAGAAAUCCACUUUUGAGGUGAAAGCUGGCCAGAGCUUACCCAAGAUGUUGCACAACAAGUUAAGUCAAUAAGUCGUCAUAUUAGUCAAAGUACGAUAUAUUUAGGCUUUAAGUGACACAUCCAAACUUCCCACUUCUUGCAAAUCAUUGUGAAUGUGGUAUCUCUUCCUGUGAUAUGACAUAAAAAUUAUUUUCAGCCUAUGUUUCAGGGCUGGGUUUUAUUUGAAUGUUACCACCCACUAGCAUGGCAUUGUUUAGAGCUUUGGCCAGAAUCAAAAGGUCGCUGGUUCGAAUACCCGAGCCGGCCAGGUGAAAAACCUGUCUGUGCCCUUGAACAAGGCACUUAACCCUAAUUUGCUCCAGGAGCACCGUACUACUAUGACUGACCCUGUAAAACAACACAUUUCACUGCACCUAUCUGGUGUAUGUGACAAUAAAAACAUUUAUUUUAUUUUUAUUAAUCAGAAACAGCUGCAAAGUUAUUCCUCUUUGUGACUGAGAUGAGCAAAACAGUAUUGUGUCCAAUUGGCUGGCUGAGCCAUUGAGCAAAUUUAAAUAGGGGUACAAACAUUUUUACACCUCCACUUUUUUUUUAACCAGAAAACUAUCAUAAUCCAUUGGAUAAUUCGUACAUUUUCACUUUUUAAAAAAUAUUUAUUUUAGCUAGGCUGUAUUUAAAAUCGGACCAUUUUAUAAAUGGUAUAAUUGCGUGAUAUAAUAGCAUAGUAAACCACAAUUACUAUCCAGAUAAUGAAAAGGCACCCGCAAAAUAAAAUUAAAGGAAUUUAUAGUUUCCUGUCAUUUGCGGUGUGCAUGAGCAAAGUCAUUGUAGCCUAUCACUUCACUUUAUGAGCAUGGGCUGACAUGGCUUUGCUGUACUGAAGCCUGCUAGCAGCCUAAAGUUCCUACUAAAGGUUGGACCGUGUCUAUUACAAUCUUUCCAUAUUUAUACAUAUUAGCAGAGCUUCGUCUUAUUCUUUCUAACUAUUUCUAUCGCGGAUUCGCGGAUGUAAUUUAUGGAAGGUGCCAAAACUUUGGAGAUAACAAUAGAUGGUGAAGUCAAAAAUAGGCUAGUGGUUUCCGUCUGUGGCGAAGUUUUCCAUAAAUCAUUGCUUAUGACAAAUCCAAGUCCAGAACCAGCCAUAGAGCCAGCUGUGGCGGCAACUUCCUUUGGGGGAGGGGGGGGUCCUUUAAACUCAAGGUCAAAUGCAGACAUUUUUUUAUCUCAAUAUCAAAUCAUCUAUCAGUAGCAAUUAAGUACGUCAAUGUGACUGUUUUCAAUUAAAAUGGUAAAAAAAACUAACAAAUUGCUUCUGAGCAAAAAGCCAUUUUAUAAGUAAGACUUUUGCUAAAACUGUCUGGUCUGAGUGAAGGACCUAAUGGGAGAAGCCGAAUGAAAGGGAUAUGUAACCUGAAAACUAGAUGUUAUUGGCAGAGAGGUUUGAAACUCUUUGUUAUCGGUCUAUUAACUUAUACCGCCUGGUAGGCCAAACUCCACCCAUGCAAAACGAGCUUAAUGUUCAUGCAACCUUUUCAAACAGCUCUUUCAUAAUUUUCACAGUAUUAUUCCAACCUUGUAGUGUGUGUGAAACAUAUACUACCUUCCUCUGGG